CACAAUUGCUAGACGGCAGUAUUGACCAAUAGCAUAAUAGAAAAGAAAAGACAUAUUUGAAAGAAACCAUGAUAUUGUAUAGAAUAAAUAUUGAAAAGAUUUGUGCAUAAUAAGUGGAAGAGAGAUGGGUGAUAUUAUUGAUGAAGUGAAGCUGUUCAGAACAUGGUCAACUCCAUUUGCUUUGAGGAUUGUUUGGGCUCUGCAACUAAAGGGUGUCCAAUACCAAACAAUCUAUGAAGAUCUGUCCAACAAAAGUGAUGCCCUUCUUCUCUACAACCCUAUUCAUAAGAAAGUCCCUGUCCUUUUACACAACUCCAAACCCAUCUCUGAAUCUCUUGUCAUUCUUGAAUACAUCGAUGAAACUUGGACCCAACAGCCUCAUCUACUGCCCCAACACCCUUAUCACAGAGCCAUAGCUCGAUUUUGGAUCAAGUUUGGUGAAACUGAGGUUUUGCCAGCAGUAUGGGAUGCAUUUACAAAGGCAGCAGGGAAGGAGCAAGAGGAAGCCUAUUCGAGGUCGAUAGAGAAGCUCAAAUUGUUGGAUGAAGAGCUCAAAGGAAAGAAAUUGUUUGGUGGAGAAGAAAUCGGAAUGGUGGAUAUUGCAUUAGGAUGGCUUUCCAACUUGGUAAGUGUUUUUGAAGAGAUUACAGGUUUGAAAUUCAUUGAUGAGCACACCAUGCCGCGCUUGUCGGCUUGGAAGGCGGCCUUGAAUGAGAUCCCUGUGGUUAAAGAAAAUUGGCCAGAUUAUGCCAAGCUCCUUACCAAGUUCACUGUGUUGCGGGAGACCUACCUUUCAAAAGAGCCUCAAAAGUGAUGGCAUUUUUAUCUUAUAAUAAAGCCAAAGCCAAAGCUAAAGUAAGAGUAUUGAUUCAUAGCAAUAUUGGUCUUGUAAUGUAAUGUGUGAUAAUGACAUAUAAGAAAUCAGAGAUUAACACCUAUUGAUGAAUAUGGUAUAGAGUGUUAAGUGAUAAAUGGUUCAAAUUUUGGAUAAGAUGUCAUUAUUGACAGCCACCAUAAUCUAGCUCUCCCAAUUUCAAUAAAAUUUUAUCCAUUUUUGAGUGUUAAAA